AGACUCUCAGGCUAAGCAGCGUCGCCAUACGGAACAUCCUGCCCUCAACCGAGAGGGGGAGGAGAGAGCGAGAGCGAGAGAGAGAGCGAGCGCCUUGUGCGUGUUGAGAGAGCCAGAGAGAGAGACGAGGUCUGUGGUCUCCCGGCACUAUCAGGUCUUGAGCUCAAAAACUCGCAGGAGUAGACAGAGGAACAGCGCGGAGGCCUCGUGCAAACAGCAGCGGGCGCGUGAAGCCUUGGAUUAAAAAGCCCGACUCGAACACACGGAGGCUCGCGCGGACUGGCGGCGCUCUUUGAAGUUGGACAGAGACACUGAGCGCAAACAGCAGCAGUAUCGGCUUUUGUUCAGCCCACCUCCCCGAACCCCGUGAAGGCAGCGGCGGCACCGGGAGGCUGUGCACGCGCACCCCGACCAUGAAGCUGCCCUGGCUGUUCGCGCUCUCGGCGCUCCUCGGGCACACCGCCACGGGACAGGUGUGGUCGCCGUCUAUCGAUGACGAAGGCUCGACAGGACUGGAGUUCUUUGACGACGAGGACCUCUACUCAGGCUCUGGCUCUGGCUUUCCUGAGAUCAACGUGAGGCCGACGUCAGUGGGCGUGUCCUUCACCACAGAAGAGCCCCUCCUCCUCUCCACCACCCAGGCCACUAGUCCGGCCCCCUCCGCCCCGCCUGCGGCGGAGCCCAGCCCCAGCCCCGAGGACCCCACCUCCACGCCGGUGCCCACCGAGGCCGAUGGAGAGAGCGGUGCAUUCUGGGAGCGAGAGCAAGAGAAAGAGCUGGAGAAGCAGAAGGAGCUGGAAAGGGAGAGAGAGCGGGUGAAACAGUUGGAGAGGGAAAAGGAGAGGGAAAGAGAGCGGGAACGGGUCAGAGAGCUGGAGAGAGAGAGGGAGAGAGAGCGUGAGCGAGAGCGAGAACGUGAGAGGGAGCGAGAGAAAGAGAGAGAGAGGCAGCGAGAGCGUGAACUUGAAAGAGAGCGAGAGCUGGAGAGAAUCAGAGCUGCUGCUGCUGCGCAGACCACCACCGCACCCAAGACACCUGACGCCGUUCCAGUGGUGACCACCAACCCUACAGCCAGGCCCACUGAAGGUUCAGAAGGUGCAGCGCCCUCAGCUGGUUCGGAUGACCUGAGCAGCACAGAAGAAGAAGAGGACGUGUACCUGUCUCCUGAUCCCACCUCCAUUUUCCCCGUCUUCGAUAUAGACAUCACCACAGAGGAAAACACACCGACCACGGCAGAGACCACACCUGAAGCCACGACAGCUUCUCUAGCCACCUCCACCACCAUCAGGACCAGGGUCCCCUCCAGACCCAGGCUUCCCAUGACGACCGCCACUCAGGUGAUGCCGACAGAGAGAACGACCCGCCCACAGCAGCCCGCAACCACACAGGAGGGAAAUAACGAGGUGGGUGCUGCGGGGCCAAGUGGAGAUUUUGAAAUACACGACCGCAACGAUCUGGGCCGCGGUAUAUUACCAGCAGAUCCUGAUCUGAUUGGCAACACCGUGGAUGCAGGAAGCUCUGCCGCUCAGCUGCCACAGAGGAACAUUUUGGAGAGGAAAGAGGUCUUGAUAGCGGUGAUAGUGGGAGGUGUGGUGGGGGCCUUGUUUGCCGCCUUCCUGGUGAUGCUGCUGGUGUACAGGAUGAAGAAGAAAGACGAGGGCAGCUACACGUUGGAGGAACCCAAGCAGGCCACCGUCACCUACCAGAAACCAGACAAGCAGGAGGAGUUUUACGCAUAACACGCGAACGCCAGAGAGACACUGCACACUGAGGGAGAGAGAAAGAUGGAGAAAGAAGAGAGAAAGAUACUCUUAAGUCCCCUUCAUCAUCCUCCUCCUCCUCCUCUUAGUCGCUCCCCUCUCAUUUGCUCGCCUCUCCUCAUCCCUCUCUCCUCUUGUCUCCUAAACACUUGCGAGGGCCCUUCUCUCUGCGGACUUGGAACUUUCUUUUCAGUGAAAAUGAAAAAAAGAGGACAAAAAAAAAAUCCAAAUAUAUUCUGAGAAAAAAAAAUAACACAUACAGUACACAUGAGAUGUUUUUAAAGUAAAUGUUGUUAUUAAUACUCUACAGAUUCUCUUGUUCUGUAUGAAAUGAUAUGAUUAUUUUGUAAAAAAGACAAAACAAACAAACAAACAAACAACAAAACAAGACAAAGCAAAACACAAGCGCUUAACCUGUGUUUUCCAGCACAAAAAAAAGUCCCACUUCUGUUUUUAUGGAGCGAAUGAAAAGGCUACGAAGAAAAGAGUAGAGGAGAGGGGCGGAAACGAGCUGGGCGACAAACAAAAGAAUACAAAAAAAAGAAUGGCGGUCUCGACUCCUCACCGCCCCUCACCCCUCCGAGUAACACAGAAAGUGUCUGGUUGGCCACACAGAGCCAGAGAGGGUCAAAGGUUGAGAGGAAAGGUCUCUUUCGUGCCUUCCGUCCCUCCGGUGCUUGAAGACACACACUGACACACAGCCACAUAAACACGCACGCACGCACACACACACGCACACUUGUAUCUGCUCGACGGUGGCUCUGACCUCUCUCUGUGCUCAGCCAACCAGAAAACGGUGCUCAACCCUUGGCGUGUUCCACAGCGCGGAGGAGCCACUGUGGAAACACAGGCCGUGUGCACCGAGGUUUUUCUCUCCAGCUCAUCUGCUCCUCUUUAAGUUGUACAAAGAAUAGUUAUGGAUAGUAAUAAUAAUCAAUAAUAUAUCAAAUGUUUUGGGCGGGAUGGUGAACAACAACAAUAAUAAUAAUAAUGAUGAUGAUGAUGAUAAUAAUAAAACCAUUAUAAUAAUAAUAAUGAUGAUAAUAAUAACACUUCAUCAGGAGGAUGUGUAUUUAGCUGUUUAAAAAAAAGUUUAUAUGUAAAUAUUGUAUCCUUUCUGCCAUCACUAACCAUCUGCAUGAUCAUGAAGAGUUUUUAUUCAUCUCAGUCAUCGACACGGUAGAUGAGCUGUGCUCUCCUCAACCACACACACACACACAAAUACUACACUUCACACAUGCAUUUAAGCACACACCACACGGACUUUAAAAAAAAAAAAAAUACUCCAGAUCAUAUCAUUCGAACACAUAUCAACACCACUCUUUAUCCUCAUCGUGAUUGUCAUCACUUUUGAUACGAGCGAGAAUCGGGUGGUUUUCAUUUAUGUUAUUGAUUAGUUGUCAGUUAGUUGCCUGUUGGUUUAACGUUUGGUCUGUUUGUAUAAAAGCACAACCACGAGUCCAAACGUCACGUCCUCCCAUUAUCCCCCACUCACACGCUCCCUUUUUGCAUGUCUCACUUUCUUUUUCCUCCACCACUGGCUCUCUUUUUAGGGGUGGGUGGAUCACAGGGGGAAGCAUGGGGGGGCCACUUUAAUGAAAUCGGGUCAAAGUGUGAAUCUGUGCAGGAAGUUGCUCCCACGUGCACUUAUUCAGUCAAAAAUCAUCAUUUUAAAGUGUUGGUUAUGAGAGAUUUUUUGUUUUUGUUUGAAUCAGUGUUUUUGGUGUCAACUUUAACCUGCAGGACCAUUUUGGGGACCAGGACCAGGUAGUGGGUUGAGGAUUCAGUUUGGGAAUGGGGGGGAUUGUGAGGAGAAGGAGGAGGAAGAGGGCUGUGCUUCUAUCUAAGAGAUUGUAACAAUAACCACACCAGUGCGACUGGGCUAGUAGCUUCUAUUAUACUCAGUACUGUAGAACAAAAAAAUGCAUGGGAGUCAAAACUAUACUAGUCUGGGUGUCUGUGUGUGUGUGUGUGUGUGUGUGAGUGAGUGAAUGAAAAAAAAGGGGUGAGUUAAAGUUGGAAUGUACUGUGGUCGAGAGUGUGUUUACCUACUCCAGCCGUUCUCACGCUCUUCCACACAUAGGUAACGCACCUCCUCUACUUGUGUGUGUGUGUGUGUGUGUGUAUUUUUGCCUGUCCACUCGCCAGUGUGAGAAUAAAUGUGUCCACAUCUCAUCUAAACCGCCACCUGUACGUGUGUGUAUGAACGUGUGUGUGUGUUUCACCUCGGUAUUUCACAGCAGACUCUUGUAUACACUGACUAGCCUGUUGAUGUGUGUGUGUGCGCGCGUGUUUGGUCUGUUCACUGCUGAAUGUGGGACAGCUCGUCCCUCACAGUGGCUUUUCACACACACUGACUGUGUCUUUUUUCACUGUCUGUCUGUCUGUCCGUUCGUAUGUCUCUCUCUGCCGCAGGACGGACAGACAGACAAACACGCCACUCUCUCACAGGCAGGAAUGAUCUUCACAUGUACUGUCUUUUCUAAAGUGACUGUCAAAAAUGUAAAAGUUGUGUUUGUACCCAUAUAAGCCUGCGUAGCCAAAUAAGAUGUGUGUGUGUGUGUGUGUGAACGAGGUGAGUGAAAGAGAGAGAGGGUGAAUUUGUAUGUUUAUGUGUGAGUGUGGGUAUGCAAGUGUGUGUGUGUGUGUGUGUGAAGCCUAAUGGAGGCUACACUACUCUAUGUUUGCUGUUCCCAUUCCUGUUUUUAUACAUUUGCAUUUUUUAAGGCUGAGUUUCUGUCAUUGGCUGAGUGAGCGAGAGGAGGCGGAUCCUCCACGCCACUGCCCUGUCACUAAUCUGCCACUCUGUUCCAAAUAAAAAAAAGAACCUGAUUGGGGAAAAUGUC